UCUUAUAUUUUGUUUGUGAUUAAAUUUACUUGAGACUACUUACUCUUCUUCUCAUAAGACUAAAUGCUUUGGAAAGUUAUUUGAAAAAAACUGUACAGUUAAAAAAAUUGGAAACAAUUCAUACUUGUAUAUUAAUCAUAAACUUUUUCUCAACAUUUAAUCAUAAAAUCUUAUAUUAUGUGAAAAGAUUGGAGAGCUUCCAGGUUAAUUUCUUCAACUUGAUAUAAAAUCUCUGAGAUGGGAUCGAACGAAUACUUUCGUCCUUAACAUUUCAAUACGUAUCCAAGAAUAAUAAAAAAUUUCACAAAUUUAUAUUUUUAAGUAUUUAAAGUAUUUAAUUAAAAAUACCGUUUAGAGUGUUUUGAUAAUAAUAUCUGUGAAGGAUUUGUCAGAUUGUGCGAUAAACUCAAAACACUCUAAACGAUAUUUUUAAUUAAAUAUUGUCGAAAAGAAGCUUUAAAGUUUCUUUGAAAGUUAUUUGGUAAGGGGAAGAUUGUAUCGCGAGUGGAUUGGAAGGAUAUUACAGUGGGAUCUUUGCAGUAUUCGCGCGUAUAACUUGAAACUUUUAAACUUAACGUUUAGUACAAAUCAUAAAAAAGAAAAAUCUUAAAUUGUUAAUUUUUAGAUGCGUAAAAAAGAUUUUUAAAAUUUUACGGUAUUCACUUCUUUACGAUUUGUACUAAACGAUAAGGUUGAAAGUUUUAUUUUGCGCGCGAGUAAUGCGAAUAUUACAUUGAUUCUAUUAUAAUAUUCUUACAGAGGAGAGUCGUAAUUUUUUAUUUAUAUGUAUACACCUUUAAUACAAGAAAAUCUGUAUACAAUGUUUAAAAAAUAUUAGUAACGUUUUAACAAUAACAUAUUAAUUUAUAUAUUUUUAAUAUUGAUACGUCAUUUGUAUUUGAAAUUCACAUAUCACUUAUAUUGAUACCGAUGAUAAUCAAAGAAGCUUUGUGCAUUUGAGUUUCGAUCGAAUGGUGUCAUAAACCAAAAUAAAUCCAAAGACGUUUCAUACUUGUCAUUCCGACGGAAGACGUUUCGCUGCUAUUACUCUGCAGAGUACCAUUACAUGUAUGUAUGUAUGUAUGUAUGUAUGUAUGUAUGUUGAGCGUACAGAGCAGCAACCGUUCAUUAACUUAAUCAUCUGUAAUCCGCCUCUAACGUGAUGGAAGCUGCUGUAAGUAGCGAAGCUGGGUCGCUGUCCAUCGCGAUUAACGUAAAUAACAAUUGCGAAUGCGCCUAUAUUGAAAAGAGGAAAAGAAUCAUUAUCUGAAUAGACACACGUAUAUCACGUAUCUUAUUUGUACGCUCGAUUGUCGAGUGUGAUAUAUUUGUGAUUACAAUUGUUUACUCCCGCAAGCUGAAAAGAACGACUUUUAUUCGUUCGCCUCGUGUUCUCAAUCGAGUGUUACGCAGUAUAAUGAAGAUUACAUCGAAGAUUGCAGUUUGACGUGGCAAAAUUGUUGAAUAUUAUUAUCUAAACUGCUGCCGAUAUUUUUGUCUCGUAGAAUAACAUCUGACAUUCGUACAAUAGAUACCUCUGUAUAUCGUAUUGAUAUUAUACGAGUGCGUUACAGCGGAUCAAAGGAAUGCAAUAGUGUACCGCCAGUUUGUGACAGACAGAAAAUGGAAAAGAACUCUAUCGAGAAACUGCUUGUGUACAAUGGGAACGUAAAUCACGACAAAUUUUAUCAAGAUGAUUCCAACGGCGAUAAAACCCAGGAAACAUUAAUAUCGGACACUCUUGUCUUUUAUGUGAACGGAAAAGAGAUUUUAGAUAAGAAUAUAGAGCCGCAAUGGACGCUUUUGUGGUAUCUUCGCAACAAACUUGGAUUGACUGGUACAAAACUUGGUUGUGCGGAAGGAGGAUGUGGAGCCUGCACGGUUAUGAUUUCAAAAUUCAAUCGUGCCACUGGAAAAGUUACUCAUUUGGCUGUUAACGCAUGUUUAACACCAAUAUGCGCUGUACACGGCUUAGCUGUCACCACCGUGGAAGGUAUUGGCAGCACAAAGACCAAAUUGCACCCAGUACAAGAACGUAUCGCCAUGGCACACGGAUCUCAAUGUGGAUUUUGUACACCUGGUAUAGUCAUGUCCAUGUAUGCUCUGUUGCGUACCAUACCGAAACCGACGAUGGAAAAUUUAGAAAUUGCGUUUCAAGGUAAUCUGUGUAGAUGUACAGGAUACAGACCGAUUAUAGAAGGAUUCAAGACUUUUACGGAGGAAUGGGAACGAUCGCGAUUGAUGACUAAUAUACGAGAAGAGACAAAUGGUGUGGGAGUUUGUUCGAUGGGCGAUGCUUGUUGUAAAAAGGCUUUCACGUCUGAACCAACCGAGAUUUUCAAUUCUAAAGAAUUCCGUCCGUACGAUCCCACUCAGGAACCAAUAUUUCCGCCAAAAUUAAAACUUGAAUCUAAACUGGACAAGCAAUAUCUGAUAAUAAAAGGGAAAAAUGUCAGUUGGUACAGGCCAACGAAUCUCAAGACAUUGCUCGCCCUCAAGGAACAGUAUCCAAAUGCCAAACUCGUCAUUGGUAACACAGAAAUUGGGGUCGAAAUGAAAUUUAAACAUUUAAUAUACCCGAUACUCGUACAGCCAACGCAAGUAAAAGAGAUGCGUGAAAUUAUUGAAACACCAGAGGCACUGAGAAUAGGCGCAAAUGUGACUUUAGUCGAACUCGAGGAAACAUUGAGACGUUAUGUUAAUAUAAAACAUGAAUAUACUACAAAAAUCUUUACGGAAAUAAUAAAUAUGUUACAUUGGUUUGCUGGAAAACAGAUAAGAAAUGUUGCUGCUGUGGGCGGUAACAUAAUGACUGGGAGCCCAAUAUCGGAUUUAAAUCCAAUCUUUAUGGCUGCGGGUGUUAAAUUAAAUUUACGUAGUUUAAAAUAUGACAGUCGAACUAUACCGAUGGACCACACUUUCUUCGUCGGAUACCGACGUAACAUCGUAUUGCCUGAAGAAAUAUUAGUUUCCAUUGAUAUUCCGUUUACAGAAAAGAAUCAAUAUUUUAUUGCCUAUAAACAAGCGAAGAGGCGAGAUGAUGAUAUCGCCAUAGUCAAUAUGGCCUUAAAUGUACGUUUCAUUCCUGAUACAAACGUAAUUCAAGAGGUACAUAUUGCUUUUGGUGGGAUGGCGCCUACUACUGUCUUGGCGAGUCAAACUUGUCAGAAAAUAAUUGGAAGGAAAUGGAAUAAAUCGAUCUUGGAAGAGGUUUACGAUUCCCUACUCGAAGAACUACCAUUAGCGGAUAAUGCACCAGGAGGAAUGAUUAAAUAUCGUCGAUCUCUCACUCUCAGUUUAUUUUUUAAAGGAUUCCUUCUCAUCUCGAAGGAAUUAUCAAAGAAUCACGUUUCAGACGUAGAGUAUACGUCGAAGGAACUGGAAAGCGCUUCGGAUUGUUUCCAUUACAAAGCACCAAAAAGCUCGCAAUAUUACCAAGUGAUAUCUGAAAAUCAAGAUUCACACGAUCUAUUAGGACGUCCUAUUGUGCACGCUAGUGCAUUCAAGCAAGCGACGGGAGAAGCGAUAUAUUGCGACGAUAUGCCUAAAUUUGCAAAUGAAUUAUACUUGGCAUUGGUUCUCUCUACCAGAGCACACGCAAAAAUUGUAAAAAUCGAUCCGUCUAAAGCACUAGCCGUAGAAGGAGUUGUAUCAUUUUUCUCUUCGAAAGAUAUAGCGGAAGAUAGAAGAUGGGUGGGCCCUGUAUUUCACGACGACGAGGUAUUUGCGUCAGAAAAGGUUACUAGUCAAGGUCAAAUAAUUGGUGCGAUUGUUGCCGUUGAUCAGAUGAUUGCUCAAGCUGCGGCAAGAAUGGUUGAAAUAGAAUAUGAAGAUUUACAACCUAUUAUCAUAUCUAUCGAGGAUGCUAUCGCGCAUAAAUCGUUUUUCCCAGGCUUCCCUAAGCGUAUUAUUAAAGGCGAUGCGGUUAAAGCUUUUGCGGAAGCGGAUCAUAUUUUAGAAGGAGAAGUACGCAUAGGCGGACAAGAGCACUUUUACUUGGAGACAAUCGCUGCUAUCGUCGUGCCUCGCGAAGAAAACGAAUUGGAAGUAUUUUGCUCCACGCAGCAUCCUACCGAGAUUCAGAAAUUGAUUGCUCAUGUCUUAAAUAUACACCUGAAUAGAGUUAACGUUCGCGUAAAGCGUAUAGGAGGUGGAUUUGGAGGGAAAGAAUCUCGCGCGGCGUUACUCGCAAUACCAGUGGCACUCGCAGCACACAGAUUGCAGAAACCGGUUCGUUGCAUGCUGGAUAGAGACGAAGACAUGAUGAUAAGUGGAACGCGACAUCCAUUUUUAUUCAAGUACAAAGUUGGAUUUGAUAACGACGGUCGUAUCAAAGUGGCGAAAGUAUACAUAUAUAAUAAUGGAGGCAUCUCUCACGAUUUAUCAGUAUCGGUACUGGAACGCGCCAUGUUCCAUUUUGAAAAUUCGUAUAAAAUUCCAGUGUCGGAAGUAUAUGGGUACGUGUGUAAAACAAAUUUGCCAUCGAAUACAGCUUUCCGAGGUUUCGGUGGACCGCAAGGAAUGUUUGUAGCUGAAACCGUCAUACGACAAAUCGCCGAUUAUCUGCAUCUGGAUAUCGUCAAGAUUGCCAGCAGAAUGUUAAAAGUGAAUCCUACCAAGAUACAUAUUGUUGAAACGGCUACCGAUAAAGUCCCCAAUACAUCCGCUACCGCGGCGAGCUGCGGAUCCGAUCUCAAUGGCAUGGCUGUUAUGCGUGCAUGCGAGGAAAUCAUGAAACGAUUACAACCGAUAAUAAACAGUAAUCCGGAAGGUACUUGGGAGGAAUGGAUAAAACUGGCGUAUUGCCAAAGGAUAAGUUUGUCCGCUACUGGUUUCUUUCAAACGCCGAACAUUGGAUAUUCCUUCGAAACUAAUACGGGAAAUCCCUUUAAUUAUUUCACAUAUGGCGUUGCUUGUACAGAGGUGGAGAUCGAUUGUCUUACCGGUGACCAUGAGGUUUUACGAACUGACAUUGUCAUGGAUUUGGGAGAGAGUUUAAAUCCAGCCAUUGACAUAGGACAAAUCGAAGGUGCUUUCGUUCAAGGAUACGGUUUAUUUACGUUGGAGGAAAUGAUUUACUCGCCAACGGGAAUUUUAUUCAGUAGAGGGCCUGGCGCAUACAAAUUACCAGGCUUUACCAAUAUACCCCAGGAAUUUAAUGUUUCCUUAUUAAAAGGAACUUCUAAUCCAAGAGCAGUAUACUCUUCCAAGGCUGUUGGCGAGCCACCACUAUUUUUGGCAUCAUCUACGUUUUUUGCCAUUAAGGAGGCAAUUAAGGCUGCGCGUAGAGAUAUGAAUAUUCAUGGUUAUUUUAGACUCGAUGCCCCUGCGACUGCCUCACGUAUACGUAAUGCCUGCAUAGAUGAUUUAACAACGAAGGUUGCAGAGCCUGAUAUUAAACGGCAAUGGAAUAUAGUGCCGUGAAUCGAGUCCUCGAGUUGCGCUUUGACUGUUUCAAGGAUAAAAAAUAUUAAAGCUGUCGAUAUAACAAUUUUAUUUGUAUAUCCGUUUUUAUCGUCGAGUCAAAUCUCUCCCGAGUUAUCAUAUUAGAAAGGUAUACGAUUUUAGAGAUACCCUCUGUAAAAUAAUAGUUUAAUGUUGGACCAAAUAAAAAGUUUACAAAUUUUUUUAUUCA